UACUAACUUCGGAUUUCUUGCUUACUUCAUUUCACCUGUCUGGGUGGGUCUGUGAAGGCUCAAGAGUUGCCUCCUCUACUUUUUUAUUACAAAUUAUAAUUCCUAUGAAGAGAGUCAUGUUAAAUAGGGGAGCCUGGAGCGUAUCAUAAUGGGAAAUAUUAAUACUAAGCAGACUGCUGUAAGAUAUAGUGAAGUUUUGACUUAACUGAAGCAAAUACAAGUCUGCGCUGUCUCUGAGGUGGAAGCUGAAAUAUAGAAGGGCUUGCUUAAAGUAAAAAAUGCUGAAUGUUGAAAAUAUAUUAGGACACCAUUUCUACUGCAUCUACUUCAAUGAACUAUUUUUAACUGCUCCCUAAGGAUGGGCAGCAAUGAGGACAAGGAAAAGUAUGAGAGGAAAUUCUAAAUACACAGAGGCAGAGUUAGACAUCAGGCAUGCACCUACAGUAUCUACUCACAUAACAGACAAGAAAGUUUCAGUCUGUGAUUCUGUAAGGUGAAUGAACGUAAAGCAACACCUCUUGGAAGAAGAACUUGAUGACAACAAGUGGCAAACAGUUGGGAAUAUCCAACAGAAUUGUCUAUCUGUUCAACGUACAAAAUUAAUGCUUCAGAUAAUUUAUUCAUGACUCAAAAAAACAAUGCAAGGAAAUAAAAAACACACGGAGGGGCAUAGUGACUCCUCUAGUAUUGGGAGUCUCUUGGAUGAUACAGACAGAGAGGUGUGCAGCCUCACAGACCGAGCCUUCAAGAGCUUGUGUGUGGCAGAGCUUGAUGCUUCAUACAAUGAAUCAUCUCUCAUCACAUCACCUGGCAUCACCAACCAGUUCUCAAGUAAAUUUCACCAAGCAACACUAAACCAUGCCAUCAAAAAAAGCAACCUCUGCAGUAAGUUAACAUCCAAAGACAAUGAGCAUGCAAUAUGGGCUUCAACAUUCCAGCAGUUACCAAAAUGUAUUCAAGAAGAGAAAAAGGUUGCAAAAAAUAGCACCCCAAGCAUGGCAAGGAAAAAUCUGAAUUUACAAGCUUCUGGGCUGAGGAACAAUAAACCUGUUUCAAAAGUGUCAUCUUUAAUAAAGACAUUUGAUAAGGCUGAAAACCGAGGUGCAGAAAGUUCAUUGCUAGCAGUCAGACAGCCAGUUAAAAAUCUCUCUCAAAAAUGUAAAGUAAAUCAGGGGAAUGAUUUGGCUGUCUGGGGUGAUAAAACAGUUUUAAACUUUCAGAAGGGACUUUCUGAAUUUUCUGGUGCACGUCAAGAGAACCACUGGCUCAGUGGUAAGCAUGAGUUACAGAAAAUGCAUAACAAAAUGGACUUGGAUUUGGGUGAUCCUGAUGGUUAUCACCCUUCACUGAUGGAAGCUUCACACAGAUCUAAGUUGAAUCUCUCCAGCUCUUCUAGAAGGACUGUUAAAAACAGAAGUGUGAAAGCUACUGAGUCAGCAAAAAAAGGAAACUUUCUUCACAGUGAGAACAGUGCUUUUGAAUCAUGGAAGGCCCAUCAUAAAAAACUGGCUGAAAAGGAGGAAAUAGCAGAUAUUAUAGCAAAAAGAGAGGGUCUUCGCCACAUUGAGGAAAUACCCCUGAUUAAAGGAUCCCCUGCACCUGAACACAACUUACUGCCAAGCAAGGACAGAAUUGUGAGAAUUCAGGAGGAAGAUUUCCUAAUGGAUCUAUCUCCACCAGCAACUGAAUUCACUGUAUCCGUUUCACCAGUAUCUCUACACCAGGGCAAUGUCCCAUCAUUACCUGUACCCCAGGCCCCUGUUCCUCUAGAAGCUGAUUUUCAAGUUCCUGUGAAGACAGCCCCUGUACCUAAGGUGCUUGUUUCAUCUGCACCUGUAUCCCAAGCCCCUCCUCUUCCAGCAUCCAUGUCCCAGGCUCCCACUCCACCCCCAUCUGUGUCCCAAGCCCUUCCUCUUCCCAUGUCCCAGGCCCACACUUCACCCUCAUCAGCACCACAAGUCACUUUCAUUCAGGAGAAGGCCAACCCUGAACUGGACAUUUGUCCACCAUGGAGGAAGAAGAGGGCUACCAAAGGGGCAGUAGAGAAGAAACAGAUAUUAAAUGAGCGGUUAAAGCCCAACAAUGAGGAAUCCUCUUUGCAUAAAAAGCCAGGUACUGCAAUGGCUGACACAAAAGCAGAAGAAAAGCAGGUAAAUUCAUCUGAUUCUAUUAACCCUUCUUUUGACAUAACAAAACUUUUAACACCAAUCAUACCAUCAAAACAAGAAACAGAGGCAUUAGAAAAUCAGCCAAUGUUUACCACACCACUCAUAACUGAUUUUGCUGCAGCAAGAGAGCAGGAGGGAACUGGAUUUAAUGAUUAUCGUUCUCGAGAUAAUUACAAAUCCAAAGCAUCAAGUUUAUUAUUCAACUUGAAGGAUGUUCGAAAACGUGUUAAAAGCACUUAUAGUCCAUCUCCUCUCCUAAGAGCCCUUGAGGAGAAAAAUAAAACUAAAGAAAAUAUAAAACAAAAGAUUGUAAAAAUGAAUGCUGAGCUUUCUCCUUUGAUAGAAGAAAGUAACAAAAAGGUUUCAGAGAAGGAUGAUUUAAGUUGUAGGCUUCCUGUACCAUCUAAUACAAGCUAUGAAAAGCACAAUAAAAUCAAUUUAAAUGAACACUUCACAGAUAAUUACCUGACUUUAAGUUCUCCAGAGGCAAUAGCAGAUCUUUUGCUUCACCAAAAAGAAGACAGUUUUCAACAGGAUGACUCAAAAAGCAAAGACCUAGUUAAAGAGACUGAGAACAAUGAAAAUGUCCCCAUGUUGGGCCACCUACCAAAUGGGCCAGGGUUAGGGGAGAGACCGUGCAAUUCUCUACUGAAACCCAACAGUAGAGACAACAUAGAUUCAAAAGUUGCACCACAAAUACAAAUCCAGUCUCCCAGUUUACCAGGUCUUCAAAGUGAAAAGGAGUCUGAAAACAAGAAUGUAACAUUUGACUCCAAAAUAGCCCCAAACCUUCUUUCACCAACAGAAGAUGUUCCUUACAGUGACAAUCAAACCAGCACAGCAGCAACUAGCAAUGAAAAUAAAGACAAAACGAGCACUAGUUCUUCUGAACAGUCUUUUGUGUCAACGGUGGAACAACCAGUUCAGGAGGAGUCUUUUUCAUUAAUUCAGCUGUUUCGGAAGGCAUGCUUUCAGGAGAGCCAAAGGAAUAUGAGUGAAACCAAUGCAACUGAUGAGCAAAUUAAAAAAGAGAAAGAGAAAGUAGUAGGAAAGGAUGAAUUACAAUAUUAUGCUUUUAUCAAUUCUGAUGUUAGCGCAGAAGAGAGGAGUGAAGGAAAGGCAGCUUGUAAUGAAAGUGAAAGUAUGAUGAAAGAGGGAUCGAUGAGAGAGAAAAGGGAAGAGGCCAGUGGUAUGGACUCUGUAUUAGAAAGCAAAAAGGAUACUUCCAGCCCCAAAUCAGAUGAAUCACUAACACCACCUGCUUCCAACCAGACCAAACCCAACCUGUUUCUGAUUAAAGACAACACAUUUAAGUCAUCCCCUGUGAUAAAGGCAGUCAAACCGCCACUGCUUAGGUCCUUGUCCUUAGAAGAUACAGUGAGUAGUAGUUACAAGGAAAUGGAAAAUAGAUUUGCACAGGGAGAUAAUGAGAAGCAUGGCAAAGAUGCACUUAGAUUUCAUGAGGUUGACUGGCCCUUGUCAAGAAACACAAGGCACCAGAAUACAAGAAAAACUGCAAUAAGCAGAAACAGAAGUGCCAGUGAAUUUAGAUCACUUUCAGCUGACACGGGCUUCCAAGGUGAAGAUGAUGCCAAGCUGUUACAGCAGCCCAGCCUUUCAGAAGAUGUAGACAGUUUUUCGUUAAGGGAGUGGAAGGAAGAGGAUGAAAAUACUAGCAUGCCUCAUGCUUUAUUAAAUAAAGUAGGAAAAAUUCAUAAGGGGAACAUUCAGAGAGACAAAGAGAAACCCAAGAUGGGCAAGAAGAAGCAGAGUUUGGCACAGUCAGAACUAGGAGACAGUCAGGCACAAUACAGGCCAGGCUCUCCAUCAGAAGAGAAGACACGUUAUUUUAAGAACCAUCUUCUGUCUGACCGUAGAGGUGGGUCUUGUGCAAAACAGAUAAUCACCAGAGAAAGUUCUCCCACAUCAAACUCUAUAUUAGAGGUCCACACUUGUUCUCCUGUACACAGUGAAACUUUACGAGACAUCAUACACUUGGAGGGAACACCUGUAUUGCUGGAUGACUUUGCUAGUUCUGUUGUGACAAGCCCAAAGUCAGACAAAGCUAUGUACUCUGUUUCAAGCACACCGUCAGAGAAACCUGCAAGUUCUAGUGUCAGAAGUACAGAGGACACUCAAAGUAGAAUUUGUAAUGUGGUAACAAAACACAAAGAUGAGAUUUCUGCAGAGGAGAUACUUGCUUCGACCAAAAGAAGUCUGCUUUCCGAGGACCCCAACUAUUGUACAGCAACAAAUGAGAGAUCACGGUUCAUGGGUUGUAUGGAGAAAACAGCUGGCAAGCCACCUGCUGUGCCACCAAAAACUGAAAAGGCUCUGAGACGAGCAAAAAAGCUGGCCAGCAGAAGGAAGAAAAUAGAGGAUCAGCAGAAGAAACUUCACACGGAACACAUGGAUUCUCUUGUGAGAGAGCCAUCCCAUUCUGGACAGAUUUCAUUGUCCCCCUUACCCAUGAUCGGUUCUCUACCCUCUCCUGUCCCCCGCCCAACUUUUACUGCUUCAGGUUCUAGCACGACACGGUUCAGAGGGGCCCCAUCAGUAAGCCCCACACCCUCUUUGCCUACACCUCAACGCAAAUUCCUUCAAGACCCUGAAUCAGGGCAGUACUAUGUUUUUGAUUUACCACCUGAACUUCGUUUAAAGACCUUUUAUGAUCCAGAAACUGGCAACUACAUCCAAGUAUCAAUCCCUGCCUCCGAAAGAAAUUUCUGCCAAACACCCUCUUCAGAAAUGUUGAAUUCUUCUCAUGAACUGUGUCCUAGAGUGCUACCUUUGCAAGUUUCAUCAGUGGUAGCCCUAAGAUCUCCUUCCCAACUCUCUGCACCUGCAUGGCUAAUGCAGGAAGAACCAAGAGCACCAGCAGAACCAACUGAAGACUGGCAACAAGACUGCCAGUAUGCUGAAUCUCUAGAGAAUCAGCCUUAUAUUGAACCUGUUUCUGAGUCUCACAGUCAUGAUACCGAUGAAACUCAGAUUAGUUUGGAAAGGGACAUGAAUCGAACCACAAAUAUGGAGAUAAUUUCAAUCAACGAGUUAGAUGAUUUUGCUGUUGAAGAAAUAUCUUGAGAACUAAAAUCGCAACAUUAUUUUAAAGAUACACACGCACAUUGGGACAGACACAGGCACACACCAGUUUGAUGAUUGUAAACACUAAAUAUUUGAAUCUCAUUCCUGAUUUGGGUGAGAAGGAAAAUAAAAGGCAUGCCAUCUUGAAAGAGGUGGUCACUGAAGAAAUGGACUACUAGGGUAAACCACAAAUUACCUGUAAGACAAAGGGGCAAUGCUGAGAAAUCAUAAUCUGUUGGUAUGAAAUCAACUGCUGCUGCUUCUGCUGCUGCUACAAGGGUGACAAAGAUUGCCAGGGUGAACAUUUCUCUUGCACAGGGGUGGUGCUGGGGGAGGGGUUUGGGGGGCUAUAGCCAUCCCAACAUUCAUCUUAGCUCCCCUGUAGCCACCUCUCCCAGUGCCACCCCAGCCCCGCCUCCCCCCUGGGCCGCCACUUACUGCCCUACACAGCUGAGCCUAGCCCACACACACCUGCAGAGGCUCACUGCCCCACCCCCACCCGCUCAGCAGCCCCCCUCCCCCCCCACCCCCGUGGGGAAGAGGCUGGUGCUGCCCCUGGUCCUGCAUGAUAUAUGAUAGAGCAUAAAAGAUCUGUGACUAUAAUAGAUGGCAUCUUAAUUUAAGAUUCCUCAUUGUGUCUGUCUUGGAACCAUGCUUACAAAGAGAAAAUAUAUGAUUAUGUAUGUGAGAGGUACCAGACUGAGAUUGACUUUUUUGCAUAUGCUGGUAAACCAGACUUCAGUGUGUGUAUUAUUGUAUACUGGCUAUACAAUACAGCCCCUGUCUUGAAAGCAAAGCAAAUAUUGAAAUGUAAAUGCAGCAGCUGUAGUCCCCUGAUAUACUUGUGCAGUACCCAGUACAGUACUGCUAAAGUUUUAAGUUUGCUGAGAACUUCUGUAUAGUCAUCCCCAGAGUUAAAGAUUUAUUUAUAAAGCAACUCUAAACCUUCACUGUAGUUUGAAGCACGGCCUGGAAAUACUCUUCCAAGGAAUGACUUUGAAUGACAUUCAGUUGCAGUAUUUUUGUUAGGAUGGAAAGACUUCUGAACAUUAUAUUUUAGAUACUUUUCUUUUUCUUGUCAAGUGCUAGUAAAACACAAAGCUGAAUUUUAACAGGCAAAAAAGAAAAAGUCUCAGUUCUCCCUUAUUUUGGAAUGGUGCAUUCUGUGGUUUGAAAAAAAUAUAUAAAAACCCACCAAAAACAGUAAGAAGAAAAUAGAUUUUAGUUAUCACUUUUUUUUGAAAGAUCUGUAUCAAAUUUGAAUCACCUUUGCCUGGUGCUCCAUAUUAUCAUCAUGCACCUUGCCAGAAAGCUGCAUAAGAAGUCCAUGGUGACAAGAUGGUAUAAAUACAAAACAGUAUGUCUGCUUAUAAAUAUAUGUAUUUGGUG